AAUCGGUCAUCACUUUUUACUUUUUCACCCGUUCUCGGAAUAUCGCAAGAGCGGCCGCCAGAUCGCUUGCAAAUUGUUUCCAAACGAAUCGCCCACGUUCUGGUGUGGUUGAUUUUUCGUGCGCUACGCGAGGCACGUGAUCGCGCCCGAUCCUGUCGCAACCGGUUCCGGGGUGUUUGUGGAAUCCGAAACGGGGCCUGUCCGAGGGCGAAAAAGAACCCGUCCGCCCGUGCGCUAUGUAACAAUUGGUUGCCGCGGAUGAGGUGUUGGUACACGGGCUCGCCUGGGUACCGCGGACUGCCGUUGCUGCUGGUCAUUUAAUAAGUUUCGAGUCGAAUGAUUCAUCACCUUUUAGGUUCUUCUUGGUUCUUCUCCGACGGAUUCACGCCAUCAUUUCGCUUUUGCUUCACGCCAACCAGUAAGUGGGGCUUCUGUCUCUGAUUGUAUUUAUUUGCAUUUCACGCCGUAAACAACCACAGCGGUACUUAUCAAGACGCAUCUCCCCCACCACAAACGGCCGUCACGGAGCGUAAUUGAAUUAUUUGAGGCCAACUAGCGAGCUUCUCCCGCCAACGCACCACUGCGCGUUUGGAGGGUCACAAAGAGAAACGCUGGCCGCGUACAGAGCUUAGUCGACACAAUCGUCACCGUUUAGCAACGCUCGAAGCGGCACGGCGCGUGUUGUUUUUCGCCAUUCGAGGACACCUGUUGUGGUGUAAUCGAAGGAGGCGCCGAGGCCGUUUAGCGUAGAUAGAAGUGUUCAAAGCCCUACACUAAAUCAUGAUGAACGAGGAGUCUUCGUCGCCGGCCAGUCGAAACGUGGUAGCCCAAUUCUUCAAACGGCUAGGACAGCUCUACCAGCUGCAGCUGGACAAAUGGACGCCCCACACGAAAGUGCGGUGGGUGGCCGCCAUCGGGCUGAUCGGUCUGUUCCUGCUGCGUGUAUUCACCAAACAGGGCUGGUACAUCGUUACGUACGCCCUGGGCAUCUAUCAUCUGAAUCUGUUCAUUGCUUUUCUAACGCCAAAAAUCGAUCCGGCGCUCGAUCUCGACGAUGAUCACGGACCAGAGCUGCCGACGAAAGCGAACGAAGAAUUUCGGCCAUUCAUUCGACGGCUACCGGAGUUUAAGUUUUGGUACGCCAUUAGCAAAAGCACGGUGAUCGGUAUCAUUUGCACCUUCUUCGAGGUGUUCAACGUGCCCGUGUUCUGGCCAAUCUUGGUGCUGUAUUUCAUCACGCUGUUCUGCAUCACGAUGAAGCGACAGAUUAAGCACAUGAUUAAGUUCCGGUACCUCCCGUUCACCCACAGUAAGCCCCGCUAUCAGCCGGUGGCGUCGGAAAAGUGACAAUUAAAAGCACAAACUUUGCCAACUUCAUCAGCGUCGUCCUCAUCGUCCUCGUUGGCGUCUGCGCCCGCCGCAGGCAGCGGCACUGUCAGCAUUUCGUCAACGAUAGCGGCAGUUCACCCGUCCGCGGUGCCGUCGUCGUCGGCGGUGGUGGCUUCGUCGUCCUCGUUGCCUUCUACCAGCUCAGCCACGGUGACGAUCUCAACUGUCUAGAAAGGGAAACGAACGGCUACGCCGGGGAAGGGAGACGGGGGAAAGGGACGACCGGCCAUCCACCGUCGGAUUUUAGCUUCACAUUUUCCUGUUCUUUAAUGUUCCGCUGGUUUAAAGUAGACAUUUUCGUUAAUUACCGCUAAAAUAUUUGCCGUUUUACAAUCUGUUUCGAUUCCCCACGGUAUUGCGUGUGUCGCGGCCGGUCCGGCUCUGGUGCUCCGAUACUUUCUUCCCUUGUGUUUGUCCAACUAGUUUUUCUACCCCCCGCAGUUGAGUGUGACGAUAUUAGUUGAUGUCUUUGGUAUUGAUUUGUGCUUACGUCGUAGAGAAAUGUGUUACGUUUAGGUUACGUUUCGAUUUUGACCCGUUCCGUUUGGUUUUCUUUUAAGUUUGCUCUUUUCGUUCCCUUUCGUGUCGCGGUUUUUCUGUGAGUUGUCCUAAAACACACUGGGCCAUUAAGCGUUAAAAACUUUCUUCAAAAUAGGCACAUCAUGCCUUAGUUAUCGUUUUAGACUCCAAAACGCAACGACAAUGUUCUUUAGGUUUAUUCGUAUGCAGCAGUUCCGAACCGACUGUCGAAUCCAAUGCCACAUGGCGCAGAACAUACCCCGCAGAACGUGAAAAAGUGCACCACCUGUUAGGCCACAGGGGUCCGGGAAGACAAACGGACAACCAAACAAACGGCAAAUCACUGUUUAAAUAGUAAUACGUUCACCCUAUAGUUUAAAGGAUGUUUAAUUAUUGCCCCAUGUAAUACGGUUAAGUUGAUGGACUCUUCUUUCUUCAUUACUUUAUUUUGCCAAAUGAAACGAACGAAUUACAAAGGUUACAGGACCUUGUGGUUAAGACCCAGUUUACAAGCCCCCUUACAUGCAUUCAAUCUCUUUCACAUGGGUUCCAUUUUAUUUUAAUUCUCUUUUACAUGCCCAAUCUGCGAUUUUCAGUUUCAUAUUUUGAUUCAUAUUAGCAUUUCAUUCGGAACAUAGUUUCCACAACGAGAAAAGUGCAGGAUAUACCUGUUAGUACCCGUUAGUCUUUAUGUUGCGAUGGUUGUAUUUCGGCUGAGAGAGAAGUAGGACGCGAGGCGCAAAUAGCCGUUGGUAAGAUUAGAUAAGGCGGAUGCGGCGUUGUCACGUACAGAUAAAGGAACCGUAUGCGUGCGUGACUCGACAAAACGUUAGACAAAAUCGCUAAUCACUCGUCAUCUUCUACGAAUCAGCCAGUUUUCGUUUGACCUCAGGCUGAAAUUGAUUGAAAACUUAUUCCUAUUUUAUAAUUACUUCUGUUUACGAAUACGUUCAUUCUGAUGGAUCUCCAGCCUCCGUCACCGUCACGGGCGUGCCCUGCGCAAUGUGCAAUGAUCGCAAUCUGGCUCCGGAGUAUGGGCCAGCAGGAAAACGAGGGUUUUAAGGCAUGUAAAAUCUACAACCCCCUCUAUAACCAAAUAAUAAAUAAACUAAU